AUAGAAUAGAAUAGAAUAGAAUAGAAUAUAGACAGGUUAAGAUGUGUAUUUUUGUAUUCACAGCUGUGAUACAUAAUAUAAACACAGAGAAAGUCUACAGUGUGCAAUGUACUAUACCAACCAUAGAGAAACUUAAAUUAAAAAUUAAAAUUAAAAGUGCAGUAUGCAAUAUAAUUUACAGAACAAACGAUAAAUAAAUCAUAUAAAAAUAAAUAUUACAACAUUGUAGCAAAAAAAAAAAAAAGUAAAUGUAUUUUAAAAAGGUUUUGGGAAGAACUAAAUAAAAGUUUAUGUAUUUUCUUUUGCGAAUAAACCUUGAACUUGGUGACCUUUUUUCAACUAGUGACGCUGGUUGAUUUAACCUUACGUAGCUUCAAAGAAACUGUUUAAGGAGCGGAAAGACAUCAUAACACAUUUAAUGCAGGUUCACAUGCGAUAUUCCCACUGGUCCGUAAAAAGAAUGGCAGUAAAAAUCAUUUUAGCUGCUGUUUGCUGACGCGAUAGACCACGGAAGCCAUUUCUAAGAAGAAAAGGUACAAAAAGCGCCCUUUAUGUGAGAAAGGGAUUUCUCCAGCAGUGAAAAUAGCUGCCUGACAAGCCGAGUGACGCACAGAGCACUGAUGCUUAUUCCUGAAUGGACUGAAGAUAAAAAGGUUACGUAGCUCUUCGUUGUCACAGUAACGGCGUGAUUUAUGAAAUGGCACAUUUUCAGUACACACCACUACGAACAGUUUUUCUUAGCAGUGAUUGUCUUUAAACGUCGUUUAUUUUUAGAAUUUAUUUUACAUUACAUUUUUAUUAGAUACAUGCUGUUCAUAAAUGCUCGAAAAUGUGGAUACGUACAGAGCAUGCGCAGUCGGCGACACACUGAAGCGGUAAUUGGCGGAAAAAUUGGACAGUGUAAUUUGUCAAUGAGCAAAAUAGGACUUUUAAGGCCCUGCCUGAGAGAAAAGGUGACCAGCUAAAUCAGGUGUUGCUUGGGGAAAGAAGCAGAACAAAUAGGAAAUUUCACUCUGGUAAGGCAUGAAAUGGCUUCUCUCCCAACAAUGAAGAACAUACCCAAUGUGGAAAAUGCCUUUAAAGCAUCCAAGAAACACAAAAACAAGAAAAAGAAAAAGGAUAAGAGCAAAAAGCAUGUGCCUGACGUCUCGCUGCACGACGGCUGCCAUGAGGCAGUGUUUACACAAAUGCAAGAGACUAAGAAAAGAAAAAAGCCAAAGAAGAAAAUCAAACCAAAGGAAGACUUUCAGCAACCUAAAUUAAAUAAACAGCUCAAACAACCUGAAGAUACGCACCAAACUCAGCCCAUCAUCUGCAUCUCCCCCGAUCAGAAGACACCACAUUCAACUGAGAAGCAGUGUAAUAGAAGCGUGAAACGUAAAAAGAGAGUCAUUUUCAACUUGCCACCUGAGCAGAGCCAAGCUGCAAAGACAAAUGAUGAAGAAUUUGGAAAGAAGCAGCUGGUCGGUGAAAGCAGCUUGGAAUCCAGCACAGCUGAAGAAAUAAACAGCCAAGACCUGUUUAUUACACAGAAAUCAUUCUUGGAUCCAUAUGUGGAGAUCUCCAGCAGCUCAAGCUCCAGUGUAGGGACUACCAAUGUGAAGGCGCCAGAGAACCGCUCGUGUGGUUUAACUGCUGAAGCAACCACUCAGACCGAAAACUUCUUUUCCUUCCCAGCACUCUCCACUUCUCUCAGGUUUCAGCAGCAGAACACGUCCAAAAGCCUGGAGGAACCGGUAGACCUGAGCCUGCCAAACAGAACAAGACAAAUGCACGGCCCAAAACAACCCAUGCUGAAGAUAUCAGGCACAUCGAGUGAAGACGGCGAUACGGUGCACAAGGCCAAAGGUGAUCUGCUCCAGCUGAAGGUCAUCCAGACCCGCUUGAACGAGUCUUUCUUUUUUAAGGUGAAGGGUGAAGAUUCUCCGAAGCCCAUGUGCCCUUUGAUGAAGCUCACGGAAAGUGUUGAGAAAAGAGCGAAGAAGUAAAAUCAGACGAAGCUAAGAAGUUACAAAUUCAUGAGGAAAAAAAGCAGAGAGUUCUGUGCACAUAGCUUUGUUAUUCUGUAUUUUACAUUGUUUGCUUCAAUGUUUAUUCAGUGUUCUUAUAUAUAUAUGAAUGUUCAGUUUGUUUACAAGCAAGCAUUGUUCACAAAAGUUCCUCAAGUUAAAACAGUCUCACGCUUUUACAGAUUUAAUUGUGUCUAAACAGCUUGAUUCCCAUCCACUUCCAAAGGUGAAAGAAAACAUAAACAGGAAUCGUUACUGGCAGCAGCAGGCUGUAAAAACACACGCUGCUUGCACUCGUACAGCCUUGAGGGAAAUUUUCAUCCACGGUUGCCGAGUAAAACAGUCCAGACAAGGAUAUCAGUGGUACAAGAACAGUCACUGUAGACAGGGAGAAAAACAUUGUGGCAGAAAACGAACAAUGAAAUAUUUGCUUUAUAAACUCAAGAUUGAGAGGGUUUUUCAGUUGCUCUGCUCUUAUGGAUCAUUCUUGCAUCUUGUGGGAUCAUGUUGGGAAUACCAUCAAUGAUGGGAUAUGCAAUACCAAACUCUUCGUUUAUUAAUUCGUUGCUCCUUUCGUCGUACC